AUGGGUCAGCAAAGACAGAAAAGCAACAUCGAGGCUUACCUCGAAACCAAACGAAAGCUCCUUCCCGCCCGUCCCACUCCACACGACGCGCUCGCGAGGUCCACCGAGCAAGGCGUUUAUUUGAUUGACAUCAGGCCCACGAGGAAUAGAAAAGAGGAGGGACUGAUACCUGGAGCGAUCGUGAUUGACAGGAACGUUUUGGAAUGGCGUCUUGACCACACUUCUCCGUGGUCUAUCCUCGAAGCCCGCGAGCCUUCUUUCACCCCCAUCCUUUUUUGUAAUGAAGGCUACGCUUCUUCUCUCGCAGCACAGACACUCGUCGAGAUCGGAGUCGAGAGGGCAACAGACGUGGAUGGUGGUUUCAGGAAAUGGAAGGAUGAUGGUCUUCCCGUAUUAAAGGAAGAUUCGUUGUAA